GAGGUCGACACCGCUGCAAAGGAACCACCAGAUUUUCCAAAUUCGGCCCCCGAAACCCUCUCUCGCCCCCGUCCCUCUCGCCGCACGGCGCUUCCGCCGACCGCCCUCGCCGAAUCCAGGUGCGCCGCCUCCCCCUCCUCCGGGAGGCCUUCCUCUCCCCGGCCGCGCGGCGCGUGGUGUCUUCCGCCGGGGUCGAUUCUCCCGCGGAGUUCAGAAUCUCAGGUUUUUCAAGAUACGUGGGCUUGGGACGGGUCGGGAACACCAAGAAAUUCGGAUUCAGUUGGGUGGCUCAGAAUGGACCUAAUACUUCCGUUUAAAGUUGGAGAUGCCGUAGAGAUAAGAUCCUAUAAUGUAGGUUACAGGGGUGCAUGGUUCCGUUGCAAGUGUUCUUUCAAGAAGGGCCUUGUAAACUCGAAUAGGAGGAGUAUGAUCAAGAAUCACCGAUAUGUGUAUCAGGAGCGGUCACAUGGAGUGUCAGGUGGAGUAUAUAGACUAUCCAGAUGAAAGAAGGAAAUGGAAUAGACUCUACAAAAUUCCCCCAAAAUGCCGUAAUCAGAAAGCAACUCAGAAUAGGGAGAUCAUGCUACGACCUCCUUUUCCUCAGUGGUGUUGGGAGAAUGAUAUUCGUGAGCAUGGGCCGCAAAUGGAUGUUGUAGCAGUUGUAAGCAGUCCUUGGAAAGUAGGUGACUUGAUUGAUUGGUGGUACACUGAUUGUUUCUGGACUGGGAAAAUUAUCGAGUUGCUGGGUGAUGACAAAGUUAAGAUAAUUUGUCCUGAAAUACCAUUAGGUGAAGGUGGAUGUUGGGUUGCCCAUCCUAAGGACCUGAGGCCAGCGCUUGAUUGGUCCCUUGAAAAAGGUUGGAGCGCCCCUCUUUCACAGGAAAACGGCAAAUGCUGGCAUACUGCUCGUUUGAUUGCAGGGAACCAAGAUACAUUAAGUAGCAGCUCUGAUGAGGAGGACAUUGAGCAAUCUUGUGAUGGUAACAAGGUACUACAAAAAUGCUUGAAUGGAUCAUUUGAUUCAUCGGAGCAAGAAAUAGGAAAAUGCCUGAAUGGAGCAUCUGAUACACCAAAGGAGUUGGUGGAUUCAGAUGUAAAACAUCCAGCCAAUACAAAUGGCAGGUACUGCAUGGAAAGUCAAACAGACAGUGAAGGGGAACCACGAAAAUGCAUGAAUGAAGAGCCUGGCGUGUCUCUGGAGGCCAUCUGUUCAAAAGUGCAACUCGCACCCAAUGAAACUGGUGAGUGUUGCAUGAACAGCCAAGCAGACAGUCCGACGUCUCCUGUGGCCAAUUCAGGUCAGUCUCCUCAGUUCAUUACCAAUGAGCAAUCAAGUCCCCCCAGUUUUAAGAAACUCAAGACCUCAAGUGUGCAUGCAUCAGUUAAGCCUACUGGCACCAUGAGCGAGGCCACGAUGAAACUGCAGGAACUAGUAAACAAAAUCAACACCUCAAGUGAGCAUGUAUCAGUUAGGCCUACUGGCACCGUUAGCGAGGCCACGAUGAAACUGCAGGAACUAGUAAACAAAAUCAGACGGGCCCAAGAUCUCCUGCAGUCUGUUGACUAUGCUCCAUCAAGCAUAAAGCUGGCACAUUGGAAAUUUCAGGAAAAUAACCCAUGGCCGAAGCGUAACUGAAGUUACGUUUAUUCUGUGCCUUUGAAGAUAUAUAGCGGUAGCGCAGACGGACUGAUCCUGACUCGGUUGUCCUGUUCAAGACAGGGAGUGAUACCUGACCAUCUGUAGAUAGUGAUUCAAAAAAGCAACUGGUCAUGACCAGUAUUGUAGCCAGCAGCUGUUGCAUCAUUUCAUCGUACUUAGCUCGGUGGUGUCGUUUGGUCAGUGUCUGUAUGCUCGUGCGCCUAUGAUUGUAAUCUGAUGUGCGCAGGGCCGUGUCAUGUCCAAGAAAGACCAUCUUUCUCUGCAUGAUCAGGUUAAGACACUAGGAACAGUCUAGUUUCUGUUACUGCUAUCUGCAAUUAAAUUUACUGUCAAUAGUCAAGAGUUCUGUUA